AUGUCUGUUCCUUUAACCAAAGUUGAUUCUGCCAUCGCUGGCCUGGAUAUAUCCGAUGGCAAGCCUGAGCCCAUUGAGAAGGAGGUCAAGACCAAGACGCACAAGCGGCACUCCUCAACGGCACAAGGUGUCUGGAACAUCAAGGAUCUUGAAGAGCAAAAGAUGGACAUCACACUCCCAAUUGAGACACAAAAGACUGGGUGGAAACUCAACACCUCCCCCUCAACCAUUGAGGACAAAGACAUCCUCAAAAUGCUCCUCGUCACCCCACCGGUCAAGAAGAUCGACCUACACUUCCCCCUCGGCCUCGAGGUCACCGCUCGGAAUCUCAAGGGCGUCACAAUCAAGGACGCAUUAGACGCCAUCUACAAACAGUUCAAGAAGAAGGCGGAUGACGAACUUGACAAACCCUACCUCGCUGGCUUCGAGUGGGACAAAGAAGAGUGCUGGACCCGACUGGUCGUGCACCAGAAAAAAGAGGGUGCACCACAGCCAAGCAAAAAGUCCAAGAAAAAGGCCAAGGAAGAGGCAUAG